GAUCAACUGGCAUUGCACAACUUUCCUCUGAAGUCAAAACCUGCUCUGACCUAUACGACAACAGAGGGAAAGAAGAAAUCCAUACCCGAUAAACCUACUUUCAUCAUAAGAGGGAAAGUGUUUUUUUGACUUGCAAUCAUCUGCUUCACGCGAGUUCAAAAACAAUCCGCGCUCUUGAAUUUCAAUGAUUCAGUUUUGACUCCACUGCAAAUGUUACCGGCAAAAUUAUGGACUCUCCUAAUUCAUAUGUUGCCAGCUGUUGUACUCGUAUCGUCAGUUUCAGGUAAGCUCCGAUUCCGCCGUGACCUCUUAGACUUAGCCGACAUGUUUGAGCUUGUAGCCGGUCUGGAUCCAUCCGAGUAUGCUCCAUACGGAAACUGGUGUGGUUAUGGCGGACAAGGAAAAGCCAUUGAUUUGAUUGAUGAGUGUUGCCAGGUCCAUGAUGAUUGCUAUGGUGCAUCUGAGAAACAUUGUUUAAAAUAUAUCCCACAUGUUGUUGAGUAUGUUUGGAGAGUUAAUAACGGAACAAUCGAAUGCAAAGAAGAUUCUAAAUGUGGUUAUAGUGUUUGCAAAUGUGAUAAAGAAGUGGUCGAAUGUAUUAUUGAGCACAAUCACCACUACAAUGAACACCACAGAUAUGUCAGAAAACCGGGCUGAUCGCUAAUGAUUAUACAAGAUCCAACUUUUAAUACAAUUCACAAUGUUCAUUUGCUCAACCGUUUUUAAUUAAAAUAGUCAUUUCUUCAUAGUGAAACCCUAUAUCAUGUUGUAUAGUGGGGAAAAAUAUACUUGAGGGUGCCCCUUGGUGAAAUUGGCGACUUAUGUGUGGCGCCAUACUUGUUUGCCCGGAACACCGUGGUAACCCACAAACAGGACAUUUAUAUCUAUUACUAAUUAAACCUUCAUUCAUACACCAGUCAAUCACUGUUUUUUUGCUUUAUUAUUAAAAUCGUACAGAAACUUAAUAUUUAUCUUAUUGGCAGUAUUAAUUUUUAGUACCAGAAGCAGAAAUAACCUUACCAGCCGGUAUUCAAAGUAGAGCUAACGGAUCUCAGAAAUUGCAUUUAAAAAUUCAUUUAAAAACAAUGCUAAAUUCUAACCUAAUCAGAAUCACGAUUAAAAUCUAAACCAAUCAGAAUCUCGAUUGGUUUUCAACAUCGCCCAGCUUGGCGAUCAAUCGCGAUCACAACUUGGCGGAGGCACCCUCAAGUAUAGUCUACCCUGUAUGUAUAGUGUAAUAAAGUGAUAAUGUUCAA